AUGAUUAAGGUUCAGACAAGAGCAUUCGCACAAGUAUCCAGGUUGCUUGAUAUAAAAACACCAAGGUUUACUCAAACACUUAAAGAAACAAGUAAGCCCGCCUUAACCAAAUCACAUCUGAUUACGAGACCAUUUGGGUUGGAUUCAGCUAUAAUGAUCAACCAGGCAGGCCACGGAAUGACUGGUCUUGUUUCAAACAAAAUGUUUGGAUCAGAUGCUAAAGAAAGAAGACAAAAGCAGUUGGACUACGAAAUAACACAUUCUCCAUUCUAUGAGUCUAAGUCGUUUACCAAUACCAAUGGGAAGAUCUUCACGCCUCCGGUGUCAUUUUUCAAGCGUGAAAAAUCAAAGUAUUUUCCUAAUUUUGUUGGCACUACAGUGGAAGGUAAAGAUCAAAGCUUGUUCGGAUUGUUAGAGGGCAAAGUGAGUAUUGUGCGGUUAUAUUCCACUGUGUCGGGCGAAAGGUGUUCGGAGACAUAUUUCAAUGUAGAAGGACAGAAUUACUUAACAUCUGGUUAUAGUGCCUUUGAAACAGAGCACCCAAUGUCUCAAAUCAUAGAUAUAAACAUUCCUCAGAACUUGUUGAAGGGCCUUCUCGUUAGAUUAUCCAGAGGAAGCAUUAAAAGAUCAAUUCCUAAACAACGUCACAACAAGUAUUUUGUAGUUUCAGACAAGUUAUUCCUGUUUGAUAUCAGACAGAAAAUUAUGUGUGAUAAUAUGUGCUCUGGUUAUAUAUACGUUCUUGACCAUCAGGGACAUAUUAGAUGGGCCACUAGUGGAUAUGCUGAUGAAGCAGAGCUCAAGUUGAUGUGGAAGUGUGUUAGGGGCCUCGAGAAGGAGUUAAAGUCCUUGUCAAUUUAG